CGGGUGACCGUAAACACGGAGGAGCGUUAAGUUCAGCACGGAAAUAUUUCUGCUAACGGAAUUAUUUUAACGUUACAUACCGAGAGAGGAAUUAACCUCACAAUGAAGUGUUGGGUUACUGCCACGCUGCAUAUCAUGUGCGGUGCAGCGUUUUACCUCAGCUCGGUCAGCUCAGUCAGCUCACUCAACAAUACAAACCUUUUUACAGUAAACGCCUCAGUAAUGAUGGACGUCCAGCAGCCUCGGAUUGUGGUGGUCGGUGCUGGUGUGGCGGGACUCGGAGCGGCCAUCAAGCUAAAAGAACUGGGCUUCACUGACGUCACAGUGGUUGAAGCGGCGGACACCGUUGGAGGCAGAGUAGCCAAAGCGAAUAUAGGGAAGGCAUGGGUUGACACUGGAGCUCAAUAUAUCCAUGGUUCAUCUGAAGAAAACCUGUUCUACUGUCUUUUUAAAAAGUAUGGCUUUCUCAGCCAAAUCCCUGAUGAGGGAAACAGCGUGUUUUACAGACACGACGGACGCAAAGUCGACACAGAAUUUGCCCAACGUGUGUACGAGAAAGGGGAAAGUAUAAUUCGGUAUCGUGGAAAUAACACAGGGGGAAGCUUAGGAGAACAUUUUGCAGAGAAAGCUCAUGGUGUCAUUGAGGCCUCGCAGGCUGAUGAGAAGACGGUUGUGCAGGGUGUUCUUGCUUUGGUUGGGAAGGACUACCUGCUGAGCAUAGCAGCCUCAGACCUUCACGGUGUCUCUGCAGAUUCAUGGCAGUAUUACAUCAACAUGGGGGAUGAUCUCAAUGUGGAAGGGUUCAUGUUUCAAGUAGUAGAAAAGUUAGCAGAGAAUUUCCCCAAGGAGCGUUUGCUGCUGAAUAAGGCCGUAAGAAAGAUCGAGUGGGACGGCUCUUUCCCUGAUACAAAAGGCCUGGAGUACCCUGUGCGUGUGGUGUGUGAAGAUGGAGCAGAGAUUCUGGCAGAUCAUGUAAUCGUCACUGUCUCUCUUGGCUGCCUCAAAGCUAAAGCAGCCAACCUCUUUAACCCCAGCCUCCCAGCAGAGAAGAAGGAGGUGAUUGAAAAACUAUCUUUUGGGAACUUGGCUAAGAUUUUUUUGGAAUAUGAGGAAGCCUUCUGGGAGAAGAAUGUCAGUUGCAUAAGUUUUAUUUGGGACAAUGAUUCUGUUGCAUCUGCGCCCCCCAGUCAAACUGAGUGGCUGAAACACCUGAGUCAGUUCACUGUCAUGAAACCUGAGGAAAGGUUUGGCAAUAUUCUGAUUGGUUGGUGUCCUGGAGAUGUCGCUGACCUGAUUGAAACCAUGGCAGAGAAGGAAUUAGCCAGUGCCAUCACUGAACAUAUCAGGAUGUUUACUGGAAAUCCAAAUAUUCCUCCACCAAAGAGUAUUAUGUGCACACAGUGGCGUAAAAACAACUUCAUGCGCGGUUCCUAUACUUUCCUCCCAGUUGGUGUAGAUGGGAAAGUCAUGGAUGUCCUGGCUGAGCCUUUGGUGGCCACUAAGAACCCUAACAAGGAUCUUCAGGUUUUGUUUGCUGGAGAGGCAACCAUAAAAACUCUGUAUGGCACAGUGCAGGGAUCUAUAAUUUCCGGACACAGAGAAGCAGAGAGGCUGGCGCAGCGUUAUGGCAGGACAGCACCCCCUGCAGUUCACUGUGAGAGUCACACUUAAGGGUCCACUGUCACACAUUCUUCCCUGAGUUCCACUCUUCCAAAAAAGAGUCCUAACUGAUUUACUGACCUCAUAUCUUAUGGCCUCAUAACCACAUGAGUACAUGACCUCUCUAACAUAUUGUUUUUUCUGUGCUUUUAAAACAUAUGUAAUUUUUAAAUGUAUUUUUUGUGCAAAAAUAAUCUUCAACAUCAAUAAAGUUCUAUCUAUGUAAAAUUGUAUCUAUCUGUCUAAAUGAACACUGUACCAUGAUGCCUUAAAAAAACAGUCAAAGAUAAAACAGUACUAUCUUCACCAUGAGCUGCCAGAGCUAAACUGCUGCAGAGCAGACAAAUGUACCAUCACUGUUGCGAUAAAAUCUCAUAUCUCUAUAAUACCAAUCAAAAAUGAAUAAAAAAUGAACAAAAAUGGAAAUAUGAUGUUUUGUUCCAGCAGCAAUGAUAUGUAAAAGCUUUGGUCUUCAUGAUAUCAAAAGUGGGCUGGUUUUCCAGCUUAGCUUCAAUAUGUGGACGGUAUAUUUUGAAUUUCUAACAAAGUUUACGUUCUACAUUCUCAGUUAUUUUUUUGAUGUAGCUUUGGAAUUCCCUACAACUGUCUGCAUGACUGCUCUGUUCUUUCUUCCUUUAAAGCUCACAUGAAAACCUUCCUCUUUCAUGCACGUUAAUCUUCCAAGUCUUUUUUCCUUCAAUGUAAAAUGGUCCUGGGUUUGUUUGGUUGUUACUUUAUAAGUGGACUAUUAUUAGUAGUAGUAGUAUUAUUAGUAGUAUUACUAUCAUUAUAAGACAAUUUUGGUUUUCUGUGUUGGGCUUGUGGGCCCUAGAAAGCUAAGUCCAUUCCACUUGUUCAUUCUAUUUGCGCAUUCUGCAGUUUUGCUUGCUGUUUGCGGUGUGAACAAUAAACAAAAUGUGUAAAAAGAUAAA